CCAUAUUCAUUGUUUCAAUAUGGAAUUCUCUGUAACAAAAUCAAAUGGAAGCUUAAUUCCACCUUCUGAACCAACAACUCCGGGCACGCUUGACCUAUCACGAAUCGAUAGAUUACCAGUCCUUAAAUGCAAUGCGCGCACACUCCACGUGUUUGAAGCAAUUGGACCUCAUGGAGCUGCACAAUCUAUCAUCCGUGAGGCCGUGUCCAAGGCAUUGGUACCUUAUUAUCCUCUAGCUGGCCGUCUUUCUUCAAAUGGUUCCACCAUUGAUUGCACUGGAGAUGGUGUUUGGUUUGUCGAUGCAUCUGCCAAUUGCAGCCUUCGGUCUGUUGGUUACUUUGAGGAUGUCAAGUCCAUUCCUUUCGAUAGCCUGCUUCCUGGUCAUCCCCAAGAAGAUCAAGGCAUUGAUCCUCUUGUACUGAUGCAGGUUACAGAAUUUGAAGGUGAUGGGUUUGUAAUGGGCCUCACAUUCUGCCAUACCAUAUGUGACGGUCUAGGAGCGGCACAAUUCCUUAACGCAAUAGGUGAGUUUGCCAGAUGCGUUAACCCUCUGACCGUCGCCCCUGUAUGGCACCGCGACUUCCUGCCACCCCCAAAACAAACAACUGAUCUAAUAACCAACCUACCUCCACCAAAUUUCAUACUCCCUCAUUACCAUCUAGAGCAAGCCAAUAUUGACCUUCAACUAGAAGACAUAAGUCAUCUCAAACACGAAUUUAUGCAACAUUCUUUGAAACAUUGCUCCACUUUUGAAAUUGUGGCUGCCAUGUUAUGGAGAAACCGGACUCAGGCAAUGGACUACUUAGGGUCCGAAAAUAAGAUCAUGAAGCUUGUGUUCUUUGCAAACUGCCGGAAUCUAAUCGAGCCACCCUUACCAAAAGGUUUUUACGGCAAUUGUUUCUUCCCAGUGACUAUAAGUGCAUCAAAUGAAACUCUAACACAAUCAUCAAUCAUUGAGGUCGUUAAAAUGAUUCAGGAGGCUAAGGAAAAGUUGCCAGAAGAAUUUUCCGAUUGGGUGAAAGGAGACGUCGAUGGAAAGAAAGAUGACCCGUUUGCACCACCAUUAGGAUACGACACAUUGUUUGUAUCUGAAUGGGGGAGACUUGGGUUCAAUCAAGUUGAUUAUGGAAAUGGACCACCCCUUCAUGUUGUUCCUAUGCAAGGCUCUCCAAUCAUACCCGCGGCAAUCGUGGGCAGCCUGCCUCGCCCGAAUAAAGGAAUAAGGCUCAUGACAUGGUGCUUUCAAAAGCACCAUCUCCAACCUUUCCUAAAUUCCAUUGCUGCUACAAUUUCACCUCAAUAAUUGUUGUUAUUUUUCAUUGAUUUUUAAUUCAUGUCAUUGGCCUGUUUGGACUUUAAAUUUAAGUUUCAUAUUAUAUGUACAUGUAUUUCUUGUUUUGUUA